CGAAUACAGUGUUUCUCCGAGGCUCCUGCUACGGUUUGUUACCGACAAAAAAAAAAUACGUUACACUUUCCACUGGCUAUGAAAAUAGAUAAUUAUCUUAACUUUUAGUUAAUUGUGUAGCGAAAUAAAUCACUUAAACGUGUUGUUACGUUAGAAACAGUAAGGUUACGGUGUCUUGCGGCUCCGUCUCGUCGGUUUUUCACUCCGGGAGAGAAGAAGCUUCUUCAUUUUGUUGUGAACAUUGUAACGCUGUUUACUUUCCGUAUUUUGGGGAAAGUACUGGCCUUAAAACUAUUCAUUGAUGGUCUGCAGUAGAACCUGAGGUAGCGGGCCGAACCGUAGCCCAAAAAUCAUGACCGAGAGUUUCAGCAACAUCGAGGAUGAGGCAUUCCCCAGUUUCCUGUCGAGCUCUGUGGGCAGCAGCCGUGCCACCCUGGGGAACAUCACCCUGGCCUCCACCCUGGGGCUGCCCGUAGCUGCCUCCACCGUGGCUAAAAUUAGAGCUGGGGCCGACAACAGAGUAAAUGCUGUCCAGGCGUCAUAUCUGGAGGACGGACGGCUCUCUCUGGCUAACUCUCAGUCCAACAACAGGAACCGGGACAAUUCGCCCUCAGCUUCAAAGAUGAGCUGUGAGUAUCAGGAGUUUGUUUUAGCACCCGUGGAAGUCUGCCGUCCCCCAGUGCUUUACCUCACGGCGUACUGCCGUCCCCCAGUGCUUUACCUCACGGCGUACUGCUUUACCUCACGGCGUACUGCUUUACCUCACGGC